GUGAUUUGCUUUGGACAGGCGGACGAGUUGCCUUUCUUUCUGUCUGAAAAUUGGUUUGCAUUGGAAAUAUUGGAGACAUAAGGAAAUCUGUAGACUGUAGUUCGGAGGUACUACUAGGCUAGAGGUAGACCAUGGUAGACGUGAUGCAUUGAUGGAGAAUGUGCAUUGUAGUGGUUUUUGUAGCGAUCCUGUAGUCGCACUGGUGCGGUGCUCAGCAUUCAACAUGCAGGUGUGAAUAUUGAUAGACGAAAAGGAGUAAAAUAAAUAUUCCCAACUAAUUUCGCUCGUCAGUCUUGUAGUGUGUAUUCGGGUGGAAAUGGCUGCUGCACCCUCUGUAUUCUUGGUGAGAGCCUUGGAGAAAAUCCUGAACGAUAAGGAUACCAGAAAAUCGCAGCAUGCUCAGCUGAAGAAAGUUUGUAUCCAAGCACUAGAUGACGUCAAGCAGAAAGCAAAGAAGGAAGGGGAACGAAAAGAUGGCUCGACAGGGAAAUCUAUUGCUUCUGGAGGAGCUGACGCCUAUUUCAAGCCAUUUGAACUGGCUUGCAAGUCCAAAUCGCCUCGAAUUAUUAGUACCGCUUUGGAUUGCCUGCAGAAACUCAUUGCUCCCGGCCACCUGACUGGAAGCUCUCAAGAUCCUGACAACCCGCAGAAGCUACUUGUGGAUCGCAUGGUAGAUACUGUUUGCAGUUGUUUCCAGGGACAGAACACGGAUGAAGGUGUCCAAUUGCAGAUCAUCAAGGCUGUGUUAACCAUGGUAUCCGUACCAACUUGUCAUGUGCACGAAGCAUCGCUGAUGCAAAUCAUUCGCACCUGUUUCAGUAUUUAUUUAGCUUCAAAGAACCAGAUCAACCAGACCACUGCCAAGGCAACGCUCACACAAAUGCUAUCAAUCACCUUCCAGAAAAUGGAGCAGCACGCUCAAGGCCGAGAGAAGCUCACAUCGUCAUCAGCAUCAAUACCGCUAGAGCAGGCCCAUAGCCAAGGUGGCCAUGAAGCACGAGGAGAUGAUGCAGCUUCAUUAGCAGAGACUGCAUCCAAUGCCUCGGACACAGAGACAAGAGCUGUAAUUGCUGCGACUGCUGCCAUGGACGUGCCAACAGAGGAAGAUCUGGAGAAUGAGCUCGAGGAGGAGACAGGCCCUGAGGACAGUGCCGAGCAAGUGGCAAGGCAACUGGUCAAGGAGGUGGUGGAGAAGGCGGUUGACGAAGUCAACGCCGAGAUUCUUGUAGAGUCUGUCAAAGAAGGCCUUGCCCGGCAGCAGUCAGCUGACACAGAGACGGCAACUGCCAAUGCAAACGGCGACUUGAAAGCAGCAGAUUCGACCAUUGCAUCAUCCCGUGCAUCGGCUGGCUCACUUAACAUGGAAGUGCUGAGUGACGUUGAAGGUCUCGAUGCUAUGGAAGGCGUUUUGAAGCCAGGCAAGAAGCUGAAGUUCACGCAUAUCACACAGAAGGAUGCUUUCCUCGUCUUCCGCUCUCUAUGCAAGCUCUCAAUGAAGAGUGUGGAGAGUGCAGAUCCAAAGUCUCCAGAACUGUCCAGCACCGUUCUGUCCUUGGAGCUUCUUCUCGGCAUCCUGCAGAACUCCGGGCCUUUCUUCCGCACCAAUGAGCUCUUUGUGCGUGCCAUCAAGCAGUACCUUUGUGUAUCUCUUAGCAAGAACGGAGUUAGCAAUGUGCCUCAGGUCUUUGAAGUGUCUCUGUCUAUCUUCUUGACGCUGCUGCAGUCUUUCAAGUACCAUUUGAAAAUGCAAAUUGAGGUGUUCUUCAAGGAGGUUUUCUUGAACAUCUUGCAAAGUGCCAACAGCUCGUAUCAUCAUAAAUGGCUGGUCAUGCAAGCUCUGACAAGAAUAAGCGGAGACGCUCAGUGCAUUGUUGACAUCUAUCUGAAUUAUGAUUGCGACCUAUCGCUAGCCAACAUCUUUGAGCGACUUGUACGUGACAUUGCCCAUGUUGCACAAGGACACAAAGCCAUUGCGCUUGGCAACCCAACUCCAGCACAGGAGAAGGCUCUGCAGUUGAAGGGAAUCGAGUGCUUUGUUAGCAUCCUUCGCUGCAUGGUGGAAUGGAGCAGAGAGCUGUAUGUGCACCCUGGAGCACCUCAUGCAUCGGCAACAACUGAAUCCCAAUCUCACCGUGGCUCCGUCGAUAACAUCCAGUCGGCAGUGAGUGGUGGAUAUGAGCGUGCUAGCCCUAGUCCGUUUCACCCACGCCCGUCAUCGACGGUGCAUGACGGCACGGACCCCGUCGAUGCGGCCACUCCGGUCGAGUCCGGCAGCAUUGACAACCCAGAGAUGGUUGAGGUACGCAAGAAGCGCAAGGAUCUGAUGGAGCAGGGCCUCUUGAAGUUUACUCAAAAUCCCAAGAAAGGAAUGAAAUUCCUCCAGGAAAAUGGCUUAAUCGGUCCUGAAGCAAGUGACGUUGCUAAGUUCUUCCAUUCUGAUGACAGGCUGGAUAUGGUCGCUAUUGGAGAGUACCUUGGAGAGAAUAAUAAAUUCUGCAUCGAUGUCAUGUACUCUUACUGCGACCAAAUGGACUUCAGUGGAAUAGACUUUGUGCCAGCUCUCCGCCUCUUCCUCUCAGGCUUCCGCUUGCCCGGAGAAUCGCAGAAGAUUGAUCGACUGAUGGAGAAGUAUGCUGCUCGAUACUGUGAGAACAACGCCAGCCUUCAAUUGUUUGCUAGUGCCGAUACAGCCUAUGUGUUGGCGUAUUCGAUCAUCAUGCUUGCCACUGAUCUUCACAGUACCAAGAUCAAGCGUCAAAACAAAAUGACCAAAGAGCAGUACAUCAAAAUGAACCGUGGUAUCAACGACCAGAAAGACUUGCCACCGGAGUAUCUCGAGGGCAUCUAUGACGAGAUUGCCCGCCAAGCGAUCACUCUCCGUCCAACUGGCAAGACUGCGAAAGCGCUGAUGGAAGACCGCAGCCACAUACAGACCAGCUUCACCAGCGCCACUCACAUUGACCAUGUGCGGCCCAUGUUUAAGCUGGCUUGGACGCCGUUCUUAGCUGCACUCAGCCUGUCGCUGCGAGAUGCUGAUGAUAUGCAGAUGGUGACGCUGUGUCUGGACGGCUUCCGCUGUGCUAUUCGCAUUGCCUCCAUCUUCAACAUGCAGCUCGAGCGCAAUGCCUUUGUGCAGUCGUUGGCCAAGUUCACACUGCUUACCAACACUGGCCUGUCAGAGAUGAAACCGAAGAACAUUGAGACGAUCAAGACACUGAUUGCGGUAGCCCAUUCGGAAGGCAACUACCUUCAAGAGUCUUGGCAUGAGAUUCUCAAUGUUGUCUCUCAGCUAGAGCUUGCACAGCUUAUCGGUACCGGAGUGAAGACACGCUAUAUCAGUAGUGGAGCAACGGAUGGUGGUGGUGCUGGUGGACCAAUGGGCAUCAGAGACUCGACAGCUGCUGCCAAUGAGCUUCUUGAAGGUGCAAGAGGUAAAAUGGAUCAGAAGACUCUUGCCACCAUUCAGGAGUCCAUGGGUGAAACGAGCUCACAGAGUGUGGUGGUGGCUGUGGACAGAAUAUUCACCAGUUCGUCACUCUUGGACGGUGAUGCGAUUGUUGACUUUGUUCGAGCACUUUGCUCAGUGUCAGUGGCCGAGUUGGAAAGCAGGGUAGUGCCGCGCAUGUUCUGUUUGACCAAGAUUGUCGAAAUCUCCUACUACAACAUGGGCCGUAUCCGUUUGGAGUGGUCGCGUAUCUGGGCAGUUCUCGGAGAGUACUUCAACAAGGUUGGCUGUAACCCUAACGAUGACAUAGCCUUCUUCGCCAUCGACUCUCUACGCCAGCUCUCCAUCAAGUUCUUGGAGAAGGGCGAGUUGGCCAACUUCCGCUUCCAGAAAGACUUUCUCAAGCCGUUUGAAUAUGUCAUGAAGAGAACUGGUUCCCUGAUGAUCCGCGACAUGAUCGUCAGCUGCACAGAACAAAUGGUCAGCAAGCAAGUACACAACAUCAAGUCUGGUUGGGUCAACAUCUUUGCCGUCUUUCACAAGGCUGCGUCAGAUCGCGAUGAGAAACUUGUUGAGAAGGCGUUCUUUAGAAUAACGAAAAUCUUCCGCGACCAUUUUGCAGCAACGAUCGAGACUUUCCAGGAUGCCAUCAAGUGCUUAUCCGAGUUUGCGUGCAACACUGCCUUCCCCGACACUGGCAUGGAAGCCAUCCAGUUAAUUGACCUCUGUGGGCAGCAGCUGGCUGUACGGCCGGAGCUGUUUGGUGAGGCGAAUGAAGAGACUGUGGAUGCGCAAGAUCGUGUGUGGGUAAAGGGCUGGUUCCCCGUGUUGGUCGAGCUCUCCUAUAUUGUCAGUCGGUGUAAGCUGGACGUCCGGACACGUGCUCUGACGGUGAUGUUCAAUAUCAUGAAGAGCUAUGGGCAUCAGUUCACCAUUCACUGGUGGAAAGACUUGUUCUCGGUGGUAUUCCGUAUCUUCGACAAUACCAUGCUACCGGAGGCACAGGAGGAAGACUGGAAUUUGUCGCCACAGGAGGUUGCAUCGAAAUCUGAAUGGAUGACAACGACAUGUCCACAUGCACUGAUGGCCAUUGUCAACGUGUUCACUCAGUACUUCGAUAAACUAGUGCCAGUUCUGCUGGAUGAUCUGUUUGGCCAGUUCUGCUGGUGUGCCCAGCAAGAGAAUAAAGAUUUGGCGGCUGCAGGCCUGGAUUGCCUGGAGAGCUUUGUACUGAGCAAUGGCGGUGCAUUCGAUGAGCAGAUCUGGGAUAAAACAAUAGAGUGUGUUGAGAAAAUCUUCGAGGACACCGUGCCUCACAAGCUGUUGACAUGGCAGCCACACACUACACAGUAUAUCCCGCACUCUCCCAUUUCCAUCCCACGCCGUGCGGACCUUGCCGCACGUGCUUCCGGGUCUGGCUCAGCGGAGAUAUCUCGGCGCAGUACUGACACAGGGGGAGCACAGGACUCGCCCGCCUCUAUUCACCGUGCGAUUGGUCAGCAGCCCUUUGUUCAGCCAGCCUCUGUAAACACGGACAGUAAACUGCUGGAGGGCAGCUCGCAAGAAAACAGGCCUGAAGCUGCAGCAGAGGGCGCGGCCCUUCAGGUGCAUAGCGAAAGCCUGUCUGUAAUGUCUGAUGUAUCACAACCCGCUGAAGUUGCUGAUGAUGCAUCACAACUGUCGUCGCAGCAGCAGCAAAAGGAGGAGCAGCCGCAGCAAUCACAGCCGGAGAAUGGCAAAUCACUUCGGCCGAAGCAGGAAACUUCACUGCAGCCCCAACAGCAGCAAUCUACCAUCUCUGAUGCUAAGAAGAAAGAAGUACAAGCCAAUGCAGACGAAGCUCAGCGUCGGCUGUUUGCUACAUUGACCAUCCGAUGUCAAGUACAGCGUGCUCUAAUUCGCACAGUCGAUCACAUUCUUUUCUCGUCAGUUACGAGUAAGGAAGAAGACACACGGCUGAUACACGCGGCAUCACAUGAAGUGAGUCAUCCACGGACGGGCACACCACAGCCUUCGCCCAUGGUGCGCCCAGCACAGUCUGGUACUCGCGUAGAAAUGGUGCGUACAUCCAGUGGCUCUGCCAUGGUACCCCUGCUCAACGCCAAGCAGCUGCUAUCCCUGGUCAACAUGCUACUGAAGUCACAUGACUUUGCCAAGUCAUUUAACCAGAAUGAGGACUUGAGAACUAAGCUGUGGAAAGCAGGCUUUAUGGAUCGUCUGAAACCCAAUAUGUGGUCACAAGAGGUGGCGAGCAUUGCGUGUGCGUUGCGCCUUCUGUUCCUCAUCUAUGAAGCCGAGCGCUUCUCCAGUCAUUGGGAUGCUGUGGAGCUGCAGCUCAUGGACGUAUGGCGUACAGCCAUUGCAUACUUCUGCUUGCUGUCAUCACAAAAGCAACGUCAUGAAUGGUUGGGCGUACUGCUCCUGCUUUUCGAUCGCCUUGGAAGCAUGCAAAGUGACCGGUUUGAAUGUCACUUGCUGUCCGAGGAGGCGAGUAUACUGUUCGACAUGUUACCUCUAGAGCUGGAUCCGGAGAUCCGCUGCACCAUGCGUAACUUGUUGAAGGAUAUGCACCUACGGUUCUGUGCCAAACGGUGAUAGUACCCGCACUAGUGCGCUGACAGCUUGUGCAGUGCACUCACGAGACCUGUACCUCUGGCCUAUUGGCUUGCUUGGUGUUCAGCCUCUGCUGGUAGCGGUGAAACAAGCCUGUCAAAUGUAGCCUUUCUUCUAGAUAGUCGGUUUGUCUAUUGUGUCCCGUGGCUUGCUGUGCUGGUGUGUGUGUGUGUGUAUGUGUGUGUGUGUGUGUGUGUGUGUGUGUGUGUGUGUGUGUGUGUGUGCGCGCAUGCGUGCGUGCGUGUGUGCAUCAGCAACUUCACACCCUCGAAUACACAGUAUAUGUUAACAGGCGUUCGUGCCAUUGUCAUUGUCGCUGGUAUCGUCUUGUCCGUGUUUAGUUGAAUAUAACUCACACCAUAUUGCCUGCUGGGACUCAGUUUUUUCCCAAUCUCGUGCUAGCAUGAGAUGAUGGAGUUGCUGCUGGCUGUCAGUGUGAGGUUUGAAUAGGAUAUUUUUUCUGUAUGCUGUUUUCUUCAUUUCCCUGUUGAAAUUUCCAUUUCGCUGCUGGCCCGGCGGGUCUUGUAUAAGUUUCAUGCUGAUGAGAUUUCUGUCUUCUUUACAUUUUCUCUGUAAGCACUGUUGUUUUCAUUGCUGCUUGUCUACUUUGUCCUGUUCGCCCAUCUUGUAGAUAGUAUCACUUUAUUGUCCGCUCUUUACAGCUACCAUCCUCACCGUGUUACUACUGGUUGUUUUGCCUUUUACCCGUGCUAACAUGCUCUAGCUGACUUCUCGUUGUCAUCUCGGCCUUGGUGGCUAUUUGCCUUCCUACGUGUACAUUUAACCACCCUUUCCCCUGCCACUGCCAUCGCACCAUAUUGGCAAUGCUCUCGUGCCCCAGCAUGUGUACGUGCUUCUGUCUGUGCGGGAGAGAUUUUGUCCGGUAUGCUGCAGCCUGCGUCGCACACUUUAUUAUAUUAUAUAAGUCUAUACAUAAUUUUAUUUCUAUGCCUUAUUUUUCAACUGAAUAUUUGCUCAAUCUUAUUCCUUUCCUUUUUGGCCAUGUACAUGUAGUUUUGUUUGAAGAUAUCAUCCCAUGGAGCAUGCAACGCCUAGUAAGACUACGUGGUAUGCAUGGAGCGGUCAGGCGGGUGCCUCACGGAAUGCAUUGCUGUGUGUUAUGUGACUCACUCAUUUCCUUUGUUGCAAGCCUUCUUGCAGCUCUGUGAGCAGCUUAGCUGUGCUGUGCUUUCCCCUAGGUUUGACUCUUCCAUGCAUUGCCUUUUUUUCGUUUUAUUUUUAUUAUAUUCGCCAGUCGUUUUCGAUGGCGCCGUGUCACCUGUUCCAACAUUGGCUAUCGUAGCUGA